UACCCACCCCUCCCUAAUGAUGACACAUUGGCAUUUGGCAACCUCCUGUUUUGAAAGUAUUUUUAUUAUUUACUUGUCCUUUGUCCUUGCGGUCGAAAACGUAGAUGAUUUCCUUCCGUAAAACUGUAUAGUUUAAGAUGAGAAUACGCAGAAUCGACUGGCUUUGGAAUCGAAACUCAAAGCGGUAACGAUGGGCAUUUUUGAUAGAUUUUAUAAAAGGAUGGGAAAUAACUGUUCAAGAAAGCCAACAUAUGAUUGUGCUGUAAUCAACGAUAAGGAUGAGAAACCAAAGCUCCAGUCACCACCAGGCAAAUUCAGUAAAAAAUCAUGUGGCUUUGGUCAUCGAAGACUUGGCAGUACUGCAUCAACAGUUUCUGGUGAUGAUAUCAAACUUGUCUGGGCCAACAGUAAAGACAGCAGUAAUUUUUUUGAUCAACUUGGUGCCAAAGAUAUCUUUAAACGGUUCAAUAGUUUUCUUGAAAGUUGGAAGUGUUGGCAAGAUGAUGAACGAGAGUGCAAGGAAAUGUUAGGAUUUGACUUGGAGAUGAAGCUUGUUGAUUCUUUGUGUGUUAUUCCUUCAGGUAUGCGUCUUGGUCUCGGGUGUGGGAGCUCAACAGAGGAUUACGACUUUUAUCUUGAUGUUGACCCAAGCAUCCAGUUAAAUGAGAUCAGUGAAUAUUUAUUAAGUACUUUUCAAAAAGCAAUUGAUAUUUUCAAAUCGCUCACAAAACAGAUGAAAAUCCUGAUCGAUCAGGGUGAUUUGAUUUGUCACGAUUUGACGAAAAUUCUUCAUCACCUGGAGAAGUCUGAUGUUGCUUCAUACCAGUUGCCACUGGGUAUGCAACAGUUGGAUAACCCUGAGCAACUUAAGGAGGCUUUGACUCUUGUUAAAGGUGCUGUGGUGACCUUGAAAUCAUGUGGUUCAACAAUAACAAACUAUAUCAUGCAACAUGGACAUAAUGUUGAUACAGUUGUCUCAAACAGACAAUCUGCAAAUCCAACAUUGGUGAUAUUUCCGAGAAAAACAAACGCGAGGGUGAAAGUACGAGAGAUGAGUGAUGAAACGUUUGUGAAGUUGAACCAAGGAGAAGACGAUGAGAAGUAUAUUGAAAUUUCUCUGAAAUAAAGUGAGGGGAAUAGCUGAGAUGAUUUAUAAGAAGGAAGGUAGAAGGCUGGAGUGGAUUGUACAAAAGCUGGGUAAUGUUAUCAACUGGAUAGUGGUUUUUUCAAUCUCUCAGUAAUUUCUCGUUCCGUAUAGCUUUGAUUAAACCUUAGUAUACGUAAAUUCAAAACUUCAAAGAACAAAUUGAUGAUCCUCUUUCAUAACUGUCAGCUCCAAAUCGAUAAUUUCAUUGCUUUUAAGGUGUCUACAGGGGUUGAAAAAAUCACUAUCCGGUGGAUAACGCUAUCCAUCUUUCGUACAACUGGCCCCUGGUUUUACCAAAUGAAAAACAUGAGAAGAUAUGUAGCAGUAGCAAUUUUUUAUUUAUAGUCAUUAAAGCAAGGGACUUGCACAGAAAAAUAUUGAUAAUGAUAGGAAUUUUCUUAAAGUAUUAAGCUUGAAGACAGGAACUUUAGUAAUAUAUAAAAAUCACAUGGGCAUUUUGGUUGUGUAAGCAGUUGUGUCCUGUUGACACAUAAAUAAUUCAUAAUGCUUCAGCUUAUAAAUCUUGAUGUAUUGUACAAGCUAAUAAGGGUCAGUAACCAAGCUGAGAGUGGUUGCAUAACACUGUAUGGCAAUUGUACUGGUGCUUUUGUUAUAUGGUGCUUGUAAAGACAGACCUGACACGUUUAGGGGGGCUGGUCCUCCUUAACCUGCAAGCAGGGUGUCAAUCUUUACAAUACCUUUAGCUGUACUUUAGCGGAGAUUACAAGCUUGUUGCUGUCAGUUAGGGCGGUUUUCCACAGGCGGGAAAGGUACUAAUGUGAGAAAAACAAAGUAUUAUUUCGUUUCGCGCCGAAAAUUCCGCUUUACACGUAACCAUGGUUUGACAGCAACGCAUGUGUGUUUAUUAAGAAUAUAUAAAUAUUAUGACGAUUAUGUUAAUUAUCGGAAAUUUAUUGUAACUAGAAUUAAAACGUUCAAUGGAAUAUAUUUGAAGAUAUUA